AUGAUGAUAUACGCGCACCCAAAUACACGUCCAAAACUAGAUCCUUCUCGUUAUAGCAUUCAAGAGGAUGAACGACAAUUUUAUGAACUGCUUACGGGCAUACAUGACGAAGAGGAACUCAAGGCGCAUAUUGUAGCUGUACAGGCAAAGGCCUAUCAAGUCUUCGGGUACCCUUGUAUCCGGCUGUUCUCGUUUAUGAGGCUCACUAUUGCACGGCUCUCCGCGUAUCCAAAGGUCUUGAAACUUCUUGAACAGCGUAAAGAUCCCAUACUUCUAGAUCUUGGUUGUUGUUUUGGCAAUGACUCCAGAAAGGCGAUGAUUGAUGGUUGGCCGAUUGAGAACAUUGUAGCAUCCGACCUUCGUCAAGAAUUCUGGGAGUGCGGACAUGAGCUUUUCAAGUCCACCCCAGCUAGCUUUCCCGUUGCAUUUAUUGCAGGAGAUGUAUUCGACUCUUCCAUGCUCGACAUGGAAUCAGACACCCAAGCAGACCCAGAUUCCAUCCGUCCCCUCAGAAACCUCACCUCGCUUUCACCCCUAAAACACAAAGUAUCCGCCAUCCACGUCUCCGCACUCUUCCAUCUAUUCGACGAAGACCAUCAGCGCGACCUUGCACACCGCCUCGCGUCCCUACUGCUUCUCGAAAAGGGCUCCAUCAUAUUCGGCCAGCACGGUGCGCAGCCUGAAAUGGGAACGCGUCUCGAGAUCGUACGCAUGGACGGCACAGAUUCCGAGAUAGGACAGCACACUAUGUUUUGCCAUUCCCCUGAGAGCUGGAAAAAGUUGUGGGAGGAGGAUAUUUUCGGUCCGGGGUCGCUGCGCCACCGGGCCAGUGGAGAUUCAGAGGGAGAGGUGAGGGUCAAGGUCGAGGCGAAGCUUAAGCUGAUUGAACGCUGGGACUUUGUGAAUACAAACACGAAGUUUUAUUUCAUGGAUUGGUCAGUCGAGGUGCUUUAG